AUGAAGAUGCAUUUUGACGAUGCCUCUCUGCUGGAGGAAGUAGAUUCCAAGGAUGCAUUCGACCUUACCCAGCUCAAGCAGGUGAAGAAGCUCAGCAUCACAGCCGAGCAGGAAUGUGUCAUUGACCGAUCAGAUCCGGAUCGACCUCGCGACUAUGGUGCCGACCGCACGUGGAGGCCGACCAAUCUUCUCAAACGGUUGCCGGCUAGCCUCGAGCACCUCAAGCUCAUGGGGUACGUUUUCCGAUGGGGCAUCGACCUUGACGGGCUGGGCGACGACCUGUUACUCGCCGCUGGCCCCGAGGACUCCGCAGGCACUCGAGCCCAGAAUUGUGCCAAAGGGAGGGACAAGGACAUCCUCAAAUCCCUCAGGCGGCUCAAACUCGUGACCACGCAGCAGGACCACCGUCGGUCAUUUAACAAAGACGCCCAGAUGAGGGACGACAAGUUGCGCAGAGGCAUCGGUCGCUUGAUGACAGGUUUGCCACUGCUGCAGGAAAUCAAGCGUACUCAGACGCAUCGUUUGUCGUAG